CCGUGAGAAUCCGCGAAAAUGUGCCAGCUACCUCGGAAACACGAACACCAUAUACAUGUAUACGGGUCUGGAAUAACGCGAUUGGCCAGUACCAGUGGGGUACGCGUUAUGGCGUCCAAACGAUAUACGUUCUUAUUGGAUCCUGAAACGCGUGACUCCUGUACUCGGCAUACCUGGGACGGUGCGCCGAACCUCGGCUAACCUAAACUCUCGCUCCUGAAACUUGGCUAGAGCGACAGUGCUUUACGCUCGUUGUUUUUACGUUCGCUGAUUGAACGACGUUAGGGAGAAGAAAUUCCGUGUCAAGAGUAGUGUUCUUAGAAGAAAUGCUACGUUCAACGUUGUUAGGAGAAAUGCUACGCGUCGAACGGCUUGGAACUCGUUUGGCUAGCACUUCGGCAGCCGCAAGAACGACUAAACCGGGAGAACUGUUAGACUCGAUUAUAAGAGUAGAUCAUGCCGGGGAAUUAGGAGCCGAUAGAAUAUAUGCUGGACAGAUGGCUGUCUUAGGUAGAACACCGGUCGGUCCAACUAUUCAGCGCAUGUGGGACGAAGAGAAGAGACAUCGCGCGAAAUUCGAAGAUUUGAUCAGACGAUAUCGUGUGAGGCCCACCGUCCUAACACCUGUAUGGAACGUCGCCGGAUUUGUGCUUGGAGCCGGUACAGCGCUCAUGGGAGAGAAAGCAGCUAUGGCUUGCACCGUGGCCGUCGAAACAGUAAUUACGGAACAUUACAACGAUCAGCUGCGGACGUUGAUGGAAUCCGGUGAGAAAAUAGACGAAGAGAUAUUGGAAACGAUUAAGAAGUUCCGCGACGAAGAGCAAGAACAUCACGACACCGGUAUAAAUCACGGUGCGGAGCAAGCACCGUUCUACGAAGCUUUGUCAAAUGUUAUUAAGUUCGGUUGUAAGGCCGCUAUAUCCAUAUCUAAAGUCGUGUAAUCAGCGUAGCAGGAAUAUGUAAUUCUUAGGUGUGUUAGUUCGUGAAUAUUAAAAUAAGUCUUGUCGUUCUGUGACGUAUCCCAA